GAAGGUGGCGGAAACGUAAAAGAAGAAGAAGAAGAAGACGACGCAGAGCAGGAACACGCGUCGGACUCGUUUUUUCCAAACACCGUACCGAGAAUACUGCAUCAACAAAAGCUGUUUGCGUCAUUAUAAAGUUGUUGCCCCAAACUGUUACAGGUGACACAACAAUUUGUUAACAUGUCAGAUUUGGAGGCGCAAGUAGGCGCCAUUUUGGAGAUAAUGGUCAAUGCGGUUGUAUCAGAAAUAACCAAAGUUAUCGACGGCUCCGAUGCAACACAAGUGUCACAAUGUCCAACUGAAAACACUCACGGCUCCUCUGAGAAGGUGAUCCAGCUCAGUAUCCUCAUGGCGUCUCUUGCUCAGGAAGCUUUGGAGAAGAUCUGUCAGCUUUUCCAUGAAUGUUCCUCUGUGCCGUGUCUAGAGGUGACAGAGGGCGUGACAGAGAUUGGGGACCUGAGGAGGAAACUAGAGGUGGCAGAGACGGAGCUAAAGCUGGUGUCGGAGGGCAGUGGAGGCCAGGAGGAAGUGGAGGAGGGAGGCAGAAGGGCUCCACCCAACAGGGCAGAAGGAGAGAGUGUGCGGACCAGCCAACACUCAGUGAGGAAGAGUUGCAGAGCUGUGGCUGGUGGUGAUGCUGGAGUGAAGAGAUCACCUAUAAUUCACUUGUGGAAAGGCAGAACCUACGAGGACAGUGUCAACCUGGUUGUAAUAAAGGAAGAAGGAACAGGGCCCAGUGCUGACCAGGCGUCAUCUGGUUCUGGUCAGAACAGAGAUGAAGUGGGCCAGGAUGAGGACGGCGAUCCAGACUACCAGCUGGAGCCAGAAGAUGUGAAAGACACCGGCCCAGGAUACACCACCAGACCUACGCAUGUGGUAAAGCCCACGUCCUGUCGAGGUCGAGCCAAGAAGGAGAGUCAGAGUCAGACCCAGCAGACUCUGAGCUGCAAACACUGCAGGAAAACCUUCAUCAAGCUGCUGCAGCUCAAAGCCCACCAGGCCAUCCACGGGGCAAACGCAGAGAAACCCUUCCGCUGUUCUCAGUGUGGCCGGGGCUUUUCAUUCCAGCGAAGCCUCAACGCACACAUGCUACUCCACACCGGUGAGAGACCACACACCUGUGAUGUUUGUGGGAAGGGUUUCACCCUGAAGCAGCUCCUGAGGAACCACCAGCGCCUCCAUGCUGACGUCCGGCCGUUUCGCUGUGAACAGUGCGGGAAGUGCUUCUACCGAGCCCACGGCCUGAAAAUGCACCAGAAGGUCCACACUGGGGAGCGGGCCUACGACUGCCAGUACUGCAACAAAAGCUUCACGAUACCAGGUAACCUGCAGCGCCACCUGCGCAUACACACGGGAGAGAAGCCUUACAGGUGUGAGACUUGUGGCAAAAGCUUCAACCAGGCUGACACUCUGAAAAGCCAUCAGCGGAUACACACCGGCGAGCGUCCCUUUAGCUGCGAGACCUGCGGCAAGUGUUUUAUCCAAAAGAGUGUCUUGAAGAUGCACCAGAAGACCUCUCAUUCAGCGAAGAACUCACUGGCCUGCAUGGCGUGUGGCACUACAGUGGCCUGUGUCAACUCGCUACGCAAACACCUCCAGACGCACGCGGCGACUAUUCCAUGUGCAUGUGUGCUCUGCGGCCGAUGGCUCAGCUCCAUCACUGAACUGCGCACUCACCAGCAGCACCACACAGUGGACAGGCCUCACAGCUGUGGGCUCUGUGGGAAGAGUUUCAAGUCAGCCAGUUACCUGAAGAUUCAUCAGAGGACGCACAGCGGGGAGAAGCCCUUCUCCUGUGACAUCUGUGGUCGCAUGUUUACACAGCACAGCAGCCUUAAAUCACAUCAGGUGGUCCACACGGGAGAGAAACCAUUCAGCUGUGACACGUGUGGGAGAUCUUUCAGCAACAUGGGUAAUCUGAACAGACACCAGCGUAUCCACACUGGCGAGAAGCCGUUCAGCUGUGACAUUUGUGGACGCAGCUUCAACCAGGGCAACAGCCUCAAAGCCCACCAGCAGAUACACACUGGGGUGAAACAGUUCAUGUGUGACAAGUGUGGGAAGAGUUUUUCCUACCUGAGAAAUCUGAAGGACCACAAGUGUUUUUACGUCUGAGGCUAAACUGUGAUGAGGCGCCUGACCUCUCCUGUACCUGUCGAGGAAUAACUAAUUGAAUGGAUUAGGAAAAUAAUGACCUAGUUUUCAGUGAUUUUGUUUUCCAGAUUUGCCUUGUUUUACAGAUGGUGGGGAUGGACUUCAGGUGAGUGAACCUAUAAAUUAAGAGCUGUUAGUUGAAGCGAACACCUUUUGUUAUGCUUUAAAUUUUAAGGCUUCUACAUGACAUAGUUAUCCAGACAGAUUUGCAGUGAGUGAAAGUCAGGACAACAAAAGAUAGCAGGAAAAACAUCAUCUGAAUGCAGCCAACUGGAACAAGUACACAUAACAACCCUGAGCUCGUAAGAAAGAAGUGUAGGUAAAUUACAGAGUAGUGAGGACUGGUGAAAGCAGUCGGAGGAUUUGAUUGGUUUUAAUGGCGUUCAUUGAAAACCGCAGGAAAGAGAAUAACUGAGAAGCGGCAUGCCCAGUGUAUAAUGGUAUCAGUAGAGGGACCUACAUGUACCAAGAGCCUUUGAGCCUUGUCUCUGCAUUUGUAAGCAGUGUUUGCUAAUAGAGCUCAGAAACAUUCAGCUUCAAGUUGUUACACACCAGGGUUAAAAUAACAUCAGCCCUUGUUAUUUGUAGCUGGGUACUACACAGAAAAGCAUUAGAGACAAUCAGAUGAGCAAUGGACUGACUCUUGUUUCUGUAGAGUAAGGUACAAGCUGAUGGCCAUUUCCUAUUUUGUACGACUGGAAAACCAAAUAUUCGUCAUUGUGCAGAGAACCUAAAAUUGUCCCCUUGUCCAAUGUGGCAAAUGUAUUUAAAAGAUUACAAGGCAUCGUCAUUGCUUUCAGUGUUCCUGUUUUUAUAAAUUUUAAAAAACUGUACAGUUUGACUAUUAAAGUGUGACAGAUUAUAUUGUAUGUAGGUUUUUUCAUCCCUGUUUGUUGUAAGAUGUAGAUGUGUGAUGUUAGCCCACCACUAACUAACUAUCUUGUCUGUUUCUUACACUGUUUAGAUAAUACAUAGCUGAAAUAUAACUGUGAGGGUUUUGAAAACAAUUUAGAAAAACUGAUAUAUUGACUGAGAACAGAAACCUAUUUUGUAAGAAGUUUUCAUGUGGGGUGAAUAUUUGUUAAAUGGAAACCUUUUGACUGUGAGUCAGAUCGAUAAACACUAAAAUUUAAA